CCUAUAUUUUUCUUUCCUCGGGCUUCUGCAGUACCAGCAAUCUCUCUCUCUCUCUCUCUCUCUCUCUCUCCAAAAUUCCCUAAAAUCUCUCCUCAAGAUGUCUGCAUUGUAGCAGCAGCUUCUUUCUCCAAUCCCCCAUUUCGUCAUUUCCAUUUCUCUCUCUCUUUGGCAGGUCUAAGACACCAUGCUCUCCUCUAAAACCAAAACUGGUUUAUCUGAAGCUAUACCAAAUAAGACCUCACCAGCAACUCCUAGAGUUAGCCGAUUAGCGAAGGGACCAACUAAAUCAGACUCCAAUGCAUCUUCUCCCCUGCAUAAUUCACGCCUCUCAAUCGACCGAUCACCUAGAUCUGUCGAUUCAAAGCCUGUUAUCGAGCGGCGAUCACCUAAGGUCACUACUCCUGAUAAACAACAACGUCCAUUGAAGCUUUCAGAGCUACAGGCACAAUUGGGUCUGGUUCAGGAUGAUCUGAAGAAGGCACAGGAGCUGUUAGCUUCUGUUGAGAAAGAGAAGGACAGAGCUCUUGAGGAAUUGAAGGAGGCAAGGAGGUUAGCUGAUGAGGCGAAUGAGAAGCUCAGCGAGGCCUUAGUUGCUCAGAAGCGAGCUGAGGAGAGUUCCGAGAUUGAGAAGUUCCGGGCUGACGAAUUGGAGCAGGUGGGUAUUGAGGCAUCUCAGAAGAGAGAAGAGGAAUGGCAGAAAGAACUUGAAGCUGUUCGGAACCAGCAUGCUGUAGACGUUGCUGCAUUGCUGUCUGCGACUCAGGAGCUCCAGAGGGUGAAGCAUGAGCUAGUGAUGAUCACUGAUGCAAAAAACUCAGCUCUGAGUCAUGCUGACGAUGCAAUGAAGAUUGCGGAAAUCAAUACUGAGAAGGUGGAGGUUCUGUCAGGGGAAGUAAGCCGCUUGAAAGCCCUGCUUGAUUCCAAGCUGGAGACGGAGUCCAAUGAAGCGGCUGAGCUAGUCAAGAAGCUGAAUUCUGAGGUCGACUUACUAAAACAAGAACUUGAGAGAGCAAAGACAGCUGAGGAGAUAUUGGCUGAGAAGGAAGCUUUGAUUGAUGGGCUCAGGUUCGAGGUAAUUGAAGCGAAGAAAGCUGCAGCAGAUGCAGCCAAUUUAGCAGAUGAGUGGGGGAGAGAGGUAGAAUUAUUAGAGACUCAGGUCGAAGAAGCCGCUCGAUGUGAAAGAGUGGCUGCGGAACACCUCAUUUCAAUGAAAAAGCAGCUGGAGGAGAAAAAGUUAUCAUUGCAAGAUGCAGAGUUGGAGAUAACUUCUCUUAGAGAGAACGUUGAGUCAUUGGAGAUAUCACUUGGGAGACAUAAAGGCGAUCUUGAGAAAUCUGAUCGGCAUCUCGAAAUGACAAAGAAAGAAGCUAUGGAGACGGCAAGAACCAUCGAAAAUUUGAAGUCUGAGCUUCAAAAUGUGGAGGAGGAGAAAACGCAGGCACUGAACAAUGAGAUGCUUGCAGCUUCAAAAGUUCAGAGUCUGUUAGAGGAGAAGAACAAACUGAUAAAUGAGCUGGAAGCCUCUAAAGAUGAAGAAGAGAAGAGUAAAAAGGCAAUGGAAAGCUUAGCGUCGGCUUUGCAUGAAGUCUCCGUGGAGGCUAGGGAUGCAAAGGAGAAGAUUUUGAUGAAUGAAGCCGAGCUCAUAAAAUCCAAGUCUCAGAUAGAAGAUUUAAAGUUGGUUUUAGAAGUCACUCAGGAGAAGUAUGAGGCCAUGCUCAACAAAGCAAGAGAGGAGAUCAGCCACCUUGAGAAGUCGGUGGAAAAGUCUCAGCUUGAAGCCAAAAAUGCAAAGGCCGAGCUGGAUGAGAAAGAGCAUGGUUUUGUUAUUGCUAUCAAAAGAUCAGAAGAAGAGAUUUCUACUGUCAAAAGCGAGAUGGAGAGGUUAGUGGAAGAUUCAAAGGCUGAGUGGGAUGGAAAAGAGCUUGGCUUUGUGAAUGCUAUAAAGAAGUCAGAAGAAGAAAUCACUGCUGUCAAAAGGGAAGUGGAUCGGCUGGUUAAUUUACUCAAAGAGGCAGAGGAAGAAGUGCAUACUUCAAAGGAAGAUAAUGCCAGGUUGCAGGGCACCAUAAAACAAGCUCAAUCUGAGGGGAGUUCUGCAAAAGAAGCUGUGGAGAAAGCUAAGGCUGACAGUUUGCAACUGAAGGAAAGGUUGCUGGACAAAGAGAAUGAGUUGCAAAGUAUCACACAAGAGAACGAUGACCUUCGAGCUAGAGAAGCUGCUGCUCUAGAGAAGGUCGAAGAGCUCUCUAAGUUGCUUGAGGAGGCCUCAGCCAAGGAGACGGAAGAAAAUGGGGAGCUAUCAAAUAGUGAAAAGGACUAUGAUUUACUGCCGAAGAUGGUAGGAUUCAUGGAGGAAAAUGCCGAUGAAAGAGAAUUAGGAAAACCCAACUCAGGACUUCCCUCAGAACAACUGCAUGAACAUCAUGGAGGAGAGGAUCUCUCAAGGAAUGUAGACCCUGCAAAACCAAAAGAGGAGAAUGGGAAUGUGAAUGCCAAAGAAGAAGAGGAAGAAGAAGACUCUGUUGAGGUCGAUGUCAAGACAUGGGACAACUGCAAAAUCGUUGAGAAAGGCACAUCACCUGAGCCGGAGCCUGAGCCCGAAUCUUUUGAAGAUGAAUUAGACUCGAAGAUUGAUGCCGAUAGCUAUGAUCAGAUAAAUGGGUUGUCAUCGGAGACCAUGGACAAUGGCGGAAGCUCUCCAUCAAAGCAACAGCAAAAGAAGAAGAAGGCAUUGCUACGCAAGUUUGGGAGCCUGUUAAAGAAGAAGAGCAACCCCAAAUAGCAACAGCUCGCGACCACAGGUAUUUACUGUCAUCUUUUCAGAAUCUUAUGAGCUUCAUGUUGUUUUGUUGUUGUCAUCAUUGUUGUUUUUGUUGUGCUUUGAGCCUUUGGAUUGUGCUCGUGGUCUAUGGUGCUUGCGACACUUUCUGUGCGUAUAUGUCUGUAGAUUGUAGCAAUAUAAGAGGUGUAUUGAAGAUUAUCUGUUUGAAUCCCAUAUGGGAAGUCAUAUGUCUAAUGAGCCCUUGGGUGCUUAUUUUCUUUCCUUUGUUUCCAUGGAGAGGAGUGAUAACUUAUAAAAAAUUGUGUAUGAUUAUCAUGUUCUUUA